AUGAGCCACACCAAGGCUCGAGAAAUAGAACUUUCGCCUCAUAAAUUAAUGAGCCAUCUAGCCUCAAAAUACUCCGUGUUAAUGUGUCGAGGGCAGAGUGACAGCCCUGCGCCGCCACACUUGCCAACAGCCUGCGCUGCCACACUUGCCAACAGCCUGCGCCGCCACACUUACCAACAGUCUGCGCUGCCACACUUACCUACAGCCUGCGCCGCCACACUUACCUACAGCCUGCCCCGCCACACUUACCUACAGCCUGCGCCGCCACACUUGCCAACAGCCUGCGCUGCCACACUUGCCAACAGCCUGCGCCGCCACACUUACCAACAGUCUGCGCUGCCACACUUACCUACAGCCUGCGCCGCCACACUUACCUACAGCCUGCCUCGCCACACUUACCUACAGCCUGCGCCGCCACACUUACCUACAGCCUGCGCCGCCACACUUACCUACAGCCUGCCCCGACACACUUACCUACAGCCUGCGCCGCCACACUUACCUACAGCCUGCCUCGCCACACUUACCUACAGCCUGCCCCGCCACACUUACCUACAGCCUGCGCCGCCACGCUUACCUACAGCCUGCGCCGCCACACUUACCAACAGCCUGCGCCGCCACACUUACCUACAGCCUGCCUCGCCACACUUACCUACAGCCUGCGCCGCCACACUUACCUACAGCCUGCGCCGCCACACUUACCAACAGCCUGCGCUGCCACACUUGCCUACAGACUGCCUCGCCACACCUACCUACAGACUGCCUCGCCACACUUACCUACAGCCUGCCUCGCCACACUUACCUACAGCCUGCGCCGCCACACUUACCUACAGCCUGCGCCGCCACACUUACCAACAGCCUGCGCCGCCACACUUACCUACAGACUGCCUCGCCACACUUACCUACAGACUGCCUCGCCACACUUACCUACAGCCUGCCUCGCCACACUUACCUACAGCCUGCGCUGCCACACUUACCAACAGCCUGCCCCGCCACACUUACCAACAGCCUGCGCUGCCACACUUACCAACAGCCUGCGCUGCCACACUUACCAACAGCCUGCGCCGCCACACUUACCAACAGCCUGCCCCGCCACACUUACCAACAGCCUGCGCCGCCACACUUACCUACAGCCUGCCUCGCCACACUUACCUACAGCCUGCGCUGCCACACUUACCAACAGCCUGCCCCGCCACACUUACCAACAGCCUGCGCUGCCACACUUGCCAACAGCCUGCGCCGCCACACUUACCAACAGCCUGCCUCGCCACACUUACCAACAGCCUGCCCCGCCACACUUACCAACAGCCUGCGCUGCCACACUUACCAACAGCCUGCGCCGCCACACUUACCAACAGCCUGCCCCGCCACACUUACCAACAGCCUGCGCUGCUACACUUACCAACAGCCUGCGCCGCCACACUUACCAACAGCCUGCGCCGCCACACUUACCAACAGCCUGCGCUGCCACACUUACCAACAGCCUGCUCCGCCACACUUACCAUCAGCCUGCGCCGCCACACUUACCAACAGCCUGCGCUGCCACACUUACCAACAGCCUGCGCCGCCACACUUACCAACAGCCUGCGCCGCCACACUUACCAACAGCCUGCGCCGCCACACUUACCAACAGCCUGCGCUGCCACACUUACCAACAGCCUGCCCCGCCACACUUACCAACAGCCUGCGCCGCCACACUUACCAACAGCCUGCGCUGCCACACUUACCUACAGCCUGCGCCGCCACACUUACCAACAGCCUGCGCCGCCACACUUACCUACAGCCUGCGCCCCCACACUUACCAACAGCCUGCGCCGCCACACUUACCAACAGCCUGCGCCGCCACACUUACCAACAGCCUGCGCCGCCACACUUACCAACAGCCUGCGCCGCCACACUUACCAACAGCCUGCGCCGCCACACUUACCAACAGCCUGCGCCGCCACACUUACCAACAGCCUGCGCCGCCACACUUACCAACAGCCUGCGCCGCCACACUUACCUACAGCCUGCGCCCCCACACUUACCAACAGCCUGCGCCGCCACACUUACCAACAGCCUGCGCCGCCACACUUACCUACAGCCUGCGCCGCCACACUUACCAACAGCCUGCCCCGCCACACUUACCAACAGCCUGCGCCCCCACACUUACCAACAGCCUGCGCCGCCACACUUACCAACAGCCUGCGCCGCCACACUUACCAACAGCCUGCGCCGCCACACUUACCAACAGCCUGCGCCGCCACACUUACCAACAGCCUGCGCCGCCACACUUACCAACAGCCUAAGCCGCCACACUUACCAACAGCCUGCGCCGCCACACUUACCUACAGCCUGCGCCCCCACACUUACCAACAGCCUGCGCCGCCACACUUACCAACAGCCUGCGCCGCCACACUUACCUACAGCCUGCGCCGCCACACUUACCAACAGCCUGCGCCGCCACACUUACCUACAGCCUGCGCCCCCACACUUACCAACAGCCUGCGCCGCCACACUUACCAACAGCCUGCGCCGCCACACUUACCUACAGCCUGCGCCCCCACACUUACCAACAGCCUGCGCCGCCACACUUACCAACAGCCUGCGCCGCCACACUUACCUACAGCCUGCGCCGCCACACUUACCAACAGCCUGCGCCGCCACACUUACCUACAGCCUGCGCCGCCACACUUACCAACAGCCUGCGCCGCCACACUUACCUACAGCCUGCGCCGCCACACUUACCUACAGCCUGCGCCGCCACACUUACCAACAGCCUGCGCCGCCACACUUACCAACAGCCUGCGCCGCCAUACUUACCAGCAGCCUGCGCCGCCACACUUACCAACAGCCUGCGCCGCCACACUUACCUACAGCCUGCGCCGCCACACUUACCAACAGCCUGCGCCGCCACACUUACCAACAGCCUGCGACGCCACACUUACCAACAGCCUGCCCCGCCACACUUACCAACAGCCUGCGCCGCCACACUUACCAACAGCCUGCGCCGCCACACUUACCAACAGCCUGCGCCGCCACACUUACCUACAGCCUGCGCCGCCACACUUACCAACAGCCUGCGCCGCCACACUUACCUACAGCCUGCGCCGCCACACUUACCAACAGCCUGCGCCGCCACACUUACCAACAGCCUGCGCCGCCACACUUACCAACAGCCUGCGCCGCCACACUUACCAACAGCCUGCGCCGCAGCUGACAUGUGAUCUUCCCAACACUUACAACACUCUACAAUGUCAUCCAAGUAUGAUCUGCAAUUUGACACGUCUUUAA